ACACUUCCGGGUCGAGUCUGUCCUGAGCGGUGUGUGUGUGUUGUUGUUAUUAAAUUUGCUGACACUACACAUCUGUGAGGGAAGAAGAGUUGAAUUCUCCAGACACGGAAGAGACAACAUGGCGACAACUAUCAGCACCCAACGGGGACAGGUGUAUAUUGGGGAGCUUCCCCAGGAUUUCCUGCGCAUCACUCCUACCCAGCAGCAGCAGCAGGUCCAGCUGGACGCCCAGGCAGCCAGACAGUUGCAGUAUGGUGGUUCAAUAGGCACCGUGGGGAGACUCAGCAUCACUGUGGUUCAGGCCAAACUGGCUAAAAACUAUGGUAUGACACGGAUGGAUCCGUACUGCAGGAUCCGACUGGGAUAUGCAGUCUAUGAAACACCAACCGCUCACAACGGAGCCAAGAACCCACGCUGGAACAAGGUGAUCCAGUGCACAGUGCCACCUGGGGUGGACUCCUUCUAUCUGGAGAUCUUCGAUGAGAGAGCAUUCUCCAUGGAUGACAGGAUAGCAUGGACUCAUGUCACCAUCCCUGAAGGCCUGAGGGAGGGCAACGUGGUGGAUGAGUGGUUCAGCCUCAGUGGCAGGCAGGGCGACGACAAGGAGGGCAUGAUCAACCUCGUGAUGUCUUUUGCUUCGUUACCAGCAGGGAUGAUGACUCAGCCUGUUGUCCUGAUGCCCUCUGUGUAUCAGCAAGGAGUGGGAUAUGUGCCCAUCGCAGGAGUGCCUACAGUCUACAACCAGGGUAUGGUGCCCAUGGCAAUGCCAGGGGCCAUGCCAGCCGUUGGGGGCCAGGGGCCGGUUUGCAGUGAGGAGGACCUGAAGGCUCUGCAGGACAUGUUUCCCAACCUGGAUAAGGAGGUGGUUCGCACAGUGCUUGACGCACAGCAGGGCAACAAGGACGCUGCCAUCAACUCCCUGCUGCAGAUGGCUGAGGAACUCUAACAGUAGAACACAAGCUCACGACGGACAUCCCACACACACACACGUAUACAUGCAUGCAGCCCUCACACACAAGUAAACACACACACACACACACACACACACACACACACACACACACACACACACACACACACACACACACACACACACACCCACCCACCCCCGUGGCUCACCCACAAACCGCAGCCAUAUCUGAAUUCCCACCAGCUGGUAGCCACAGAGAUCUGUUUCUCCCUCCGUUGACUCCUUCUAGGCCUGAGAGUACAUGAAGCCUGGGCUGUCUCUGCUAAUGCACCGCUGAGUCACUGGAUCCUCAAACCAUCACAACUGUUUUCACCUUUACUUUGAAGAAGUCUAAUUUUAAAGUGAUAUAGCAGAUUCAGUGUAUUUGGGAAAUGUCAGGAUUGUAUUACAGCAGAGAACUAAAUAUUGAACCGGCAGUAGUGUGAAUUGAUGGGUAUUGAAAAUCCCACCAACCCAAAUCAUUUUGUAUUUCUCAUUUGUUUCAGUGUCACAAUCUCUCACUGUAUCCAGAGUAACCCAGUUGAUUUGCACAGAUUCCAUCUUUUGUUAUGUUGAUUUUGUCGCUAAUACUGUGUGGAGAACAUGCUUGUAGUAACCUUAAGAAAAAUGCUUCUGUUUCAUAUUUACCUGUAAAAUGUUUGGUGCAUUUAAAAUCUGAUAAAUUAUUAUGAAAGUA